CAAUCACCUGGAAGUAAAAUCUUUCGCUUCCUGUAAAUCUUGUCGUCAUAGCAACCGCGUGUGCCCCUUCCAAAGUAUGUCCGGUUCUGAAGUUUAUAAAAUAUCAUUUAUAUUUCCAAAUCAAGAUAAGUAUGAUGGUGAAUGUACAAGAACACCUGAUGGAAUUCUUGAGAGAAAUGGAUAUGGGGUUCAUACAACUGCAGGUGGAAUUAUUUAUCGUGGAACAUGGAAGAAUGAUAAGAUGAAUGGUUUAGGAAGGCUAGAACAUCCUUCAGGUGCAGUUUAUGAAGGUGAGUUCAAGAACAACAUGCUACAUGGAACAGGAACUUAUAUAUUUCCUAAUGGAUCCAAGUAUACUGGACAGUUCAAUGAAAACAAGCUGGAAGGGAAAGGAGAAUUUACAGACACACAAGGACUGGAAUGGGAUGGCACCUUUCACUAUACAGCAGCACCAGGAUUGAAGCUAAAGUUAGAAAUGUAGAAUAGUUUGGACUGGCAUAGUAAAAUAAAAUUUCUGUUAGAGUUUUCAAGCAAAUAGUUUUAUUUGUAGUUUAAUGGAAGUUAACUACUGUUUUUAAAAAAUAAAGUUUAAAAAUGUAAAAUAAAAGUCUAUUUAUUUAGCUUUCAGAACAUCAUUUUUUUCUCUUUAUUGUACAUAUAGCAUGCUAAUGUUUAAAAUGUUUUGUUCUAAUAAUCUUUAUAAAAUUAUGAACAGUUCAAUAUUAUCAGUUUUAAUACAGAUAUUUGGAGAGAAUAGAAAGAGUGGAAAACAAGGUAAAAUUUAACUGAAUCAAUACAAUAAAUAAGUUGUUUAAAGUCUGCCAUUUCCAUAAGUCUGUUUUAAAUUAAUACAUUAAACAUGAACUGAACUUGCA